AUGCCUCCCCGGAUACCCGCCCCGCAGGGGCUGCGAAGUCUCGCGCUAUGCCUUCGUCCGCGUCCGGCCCCGACCCCGGCUCCCAGCCUGCUGCCACUGGUCCAGACCGCCAACCUUUCGAUGAAAGAGAAGAAGAAGCGCAUGAAGCAGGACCCUUACGGCUGGGCCCAGGCGCAGCAGCGCAAGAAUGCCCACCUCAAGCGGCGCGAGGAGAUCGAAGCGGAGCGCAAGGCCGCCUACGGUGACCCCGUCCACGGCAUCACGACGCCCUUUGUCGAGUCCUUCGACUCGGCCGGCCAGGAGCCCCUCUCGCCCGAGAACCCGGAGGCGGGCGGGGAGCAACACCCGCUGCCGACCUCGCCGCACAUCCGCAACUACCUCCUCAGCCAGGAGGAGCUGGACAAGGCGAUCGAGUACUCACGGCGGGUGACGAUGCCGCUGACGAACGCGGAGAGCGCGACGACGGACCCGACCGCGGAGGCGGCCGAACUGGAGGAGCACGCCCGGAAGCACGCAAAGGCGGUGGAGGCGCUGCGGCGCAUCACCGAUCUCAAGAACGCCGGCGCAAAGGACCGGAAGCACGCCAACAUCCGGCGGUGCAUCGAGACGUUCGGCCGCCACGUCACCGACCACACCCUCGAGAACGCAGCCCCCCCACCGGGCCCGGGCCAGGAGCCCAAGCCGAAGCCGGUGCGCGCCGGGCCCGACACCGGGAGCAGCGAGGUGCAGAUCGCUAUCCUGACGGCCAAGAUCAGGGCGCUGGCGCUGGCGCUGGAAGGGCCCAAGGGCCACAAAGACAAGAACAACAAGAGGAGUUUGCGGCGGCUGUGCCACAAGCGGCAGAGGCUGCUGAGGUAUCUAGAGAGGAAGGAAAGAGGGAGCGGCCGGUGGCAGUAUCUGGUUCAGACCCUCGGCCUGACACCGGCGACGUACAAGGACCAGAUCUCGAUCUAA